GCAGGAUGGAAUGCUGCACAAUCAGUAUAUGGCGACAAGAGGGACACACAAAUCCACCAUCUGCGGAAGUGGCCACAGCUGAAACAUCUCAUGGCUCUGUGGCACCAUAUCCACCAUUGCGAUUAGUCCCUCCGCAACAACAACCAAUACAACUGCCCACCAAUGAAGAACAGAAUUUGUUUGCUGUCGGUCAGGGUGGACUGGGUCAGCCAUCUUGGAUGAGGAUUCCACCUUCAAUGCUGGGGAAAAGAAUUACAGUUAUCCAGAAUGGAAAACCACAACAAAUUAUAUUUUCUGCACGUGGUAUGUUUCUUUCUGUUGUAUUACAUACAGUGAACAGUUUUCAGGAAGUAAUUAUUUCAUAUUUUAUACCACCCUCCCCAAAAUAAAGUCAAGAGGGAUAUACUUAAACCACCAUGUCCUUCUGUUAGUAGACAUAAUUCAUCCAGAGUAUAUCUUAAAAACUAAUGUUCACAUCAGAUUCAAACUUUCUUUAUAUAUCAUAUGUAUAAUGAUUUGAGCACCUUUCAUUUUUAUUGAAAUUCAUUAACUUAACAUUCAACGAAGUUAUCAAUAUUUUAAUUAUGUCUCUCCUCUUCUAUGGGGAGACAUAUUGUUUAUGUACUUUCUGUCCAUCUGUCACAAAAUCUUGUGAUCUCUUCUCCUCCUAAUAGUGAUUU